AUGUCCGUCCCCAACUUCUCCGCCGCCCUCGACGCCUCCAUCAAGAAGGAGAAGUUCACCCCCGAGGUCCAGGCCGCCGCUGCCAAGGUCGACAGCUCCGCCUUCUCCGACGCCAUCAAGGCCGUCCUUGGUGGUGAUGACACCGCCACCGUUGAGGGCGAGCAGGCUGUUGCCCUGAAGAACGCUUUCGAGUUUGCUGUUGCUGUUGUCAAGAUGCUGAAGUCGGAGCCUGGUAAUGAGGAUAAGUUGGCGCUCUACAAGUACUUCAAGCGCGGCAACAACCAGACCCCUGCUUCUCCUGGCAUGUUCGAUAUCCAGGGCAAGUACAAGUACAACGCAUGGAAUGAAAUCAAGCACAUCAGCGAGGCCAAGGCCCAGGCCGAGUACAUCAAGCAGGUUGACGCUCUGAUUGAGAAGAUUGGAACGAGGGAGUAG